AAUACUAAAAUUUUUCUUAUCGAAAGACAUUUACAGAAUUACAAAUGUUGUAGAAAGAAUUGUUGAUUUUUCUAAGUGGUGGUAGAGUUCUUGUCAGAUGGAAUGUUCUACGAGUUUGGAUGAGUUGAGAAAAAGAACACUCAACACAUAUGGACCGGAGUCGGCAGUAUGUUCAGUUAAUCCGCCCUUACCAGACGAGGCAAGAAUGACUCUCCUUCGCAUAAAGUAUGAAAGUGAAUAUAAGUUAGCGAAUAGUUUUGCUAGCUUCGUAGAAGAAGCUUCACAUAAACACAGUGGUGAAACUUUGAAAACAGUUCCGAAAGCAGUUGAGAACAAAACAAAAGAAUCAAGGGAGAAACGGGAUGAUUCGUCGGAAAACGGCGUUGGCAACGAAGAUUUGUCAUUGACUGAAAAGGUGCCUAACAGUUUUGGUGAAAGUUUGCACAAAAGUACCGAGAAAAUCAACUACGCAACACAAACGACACUUGUAGUUCCAGAAGAUAGACAAACAGCAGUUUUGGAAGUAAACAAAGCUCUACCUUCUGCGGGUGCUUCUCGUGUCAGGGCUGUUCGAAACCGAGCUUUGCAACAACUGGUACAGGGACAGCGGAGUUUGGGUCCUAUGGAAGGUGUCGAAAAGGAUCGACCUCAGUGGCAUCCACCGUGGAAACUGAUGAGAGUGAUUUCUGCGCACUAUGGAUGGGUGCGGUCCGUGGCGUUUGAUGUAACUAACGAAUGGUUUUGUUCAGGCUCUGCUGACAGGACGAUCAAAUUCUGGGAUUUUGCUUCUGGAGAGUUGAAGCUGACUCUCACAGGUCAUAUUGGGACUGUUCGGGGUUUGGUCGUAUCGCAUCGUCAUCCCUAUUUGUUUUCUGUCGGCGAUGAUAAGCAAGUGAAGUGUUGGGAUUUGGAAUAUAAUAAAGUGAUAAGACAUUAUCAUGGACAUCUAUCAGGAGUCUAUUGUGUAAGUUUACACCCAACUCUUGAUGUUCUUGUUACGGGUGGACGAGAUUCAACUGUUCGCGUUUGGGAUGUUCGCACGAAGCAGCAAAUUUUUGCACUUAGUGGCCAUCGAGACGCCAUUUAUAGUGUCCAAACCCAAGGAGUUGAUCCUCAAAUUGUCUCGAGUUCUGCAGAUGCCACAAUCAAACUUUGGGAUCUCUCAGCGGGUCGUUGUUUUUCGACUCUUACUCAUCACAAGAAAGGAGUCCGUUCUAUAUGUAUACAUCCAAGAGAAUUUUCUUUUGCUUCAGCAUCUGCUGGCCGCAUCAAGACAUUUUUAUUUCCGAAUGGAGAACUUCUUCGUAAUUUUUACGGGCACAAUACCAUAGUCAACUCGUUGGCUAUCAAUGAAGACGAUGUUAUGGUAUCAGCUGGUGACGAUGGUUCCUUAGUUUUUUGGGACUAUAGAGCUGCUCAUGAAUUCUUCCGAACCAAUACUAUUGGACAACCUGGUUCUUUGGAAUCUGAGUCGGGCAUUUUCACAUGUUGCUUUGAUCAAACAGGUUCUCGUCUUGUCACAGGAGAAGCUGAUAAAACUAUAAAAAUUUGGAAGGAAGACGAAAAUGCGACCGAAGAGACUCAUCCGGUUCAGUGGCAACCACCGAGUGGUCUUCGCAGAUACUAGUUUAUAGAAGUUCCGUUAGUAAUAUGACUAGAGAAUUGUGCGAUUCAGUUCGCAAAGUAAUGGUACUGGUUUUAGAGCUCUUUGGUAAGGACGUACAGGCACUAGUUUAUAAAUGAAACGUCUGUAGACGACCUUUAUAUACACACGGCCACGAUACCAGUUGAGAUGAAUGAUACGUAGUUAACAUGUAUUUUUGAUUUCUGAGAAACUAAAGAUAUUUUGCUUUUUUGGCUUACCGAAAAGCCCAUGG